AUGAGUGCAUCAUCUAUUGAGAAUGGUAUAUCCAGUUUAAGUCUUCAAAAAACUACCUCCAACCAAUCAUCAACUGUAAGUAGUAAACAUGAUUAUGUUGAUUCUCCAUUUAGUGGUAAAAAAGAUCAAAUUGAUCAAGUUUUAGAUGUUUUAGAUUCUACUGGUUUUAUUCCUGAGUCACUAAUUGAAUCAGAAGUUAGAUGGUUUUAUGAUUGUUUAGGUAUUGAUGAUGUUUUCUUUGCAAGAUCAAGUCCAAACGAAAUUGCUGGUCAUAUUCAUGCUUUAUAUUCUUGUAAAGUGCAAGCUUAUGCAAGUUCUGGUGAUUUCCCAGUAAUUAGUUAUAAAAGAGAAGCUGAAGAUCAUGCUGUAUUUUUUGAUACUGUUGACGGUUUAAAUUAUCAAAAAAAUAAAUUUGAAGAAAGAAUUGAUUCAAAAUAUAUUGAUCCAUCAAAUUCAAUUAAUAAUAGUUAUAGAACCGAAUUUUUCAGUGCUCCAUUAAAUUAUAAAACUGAUCCAAUUUUAAAUGGCGUUUAUCAAUUAAAUAAUCAAUUAAAAGAUCAAUUUGUUAGAUUAUUUUUCGUUUAUAAAAAUAAAUAUGAAAAUGCCCAAGGUGUUGAAUCAAAUGAAACUGAUAUUGAAAAAAUUGGUGAUAAGACAUUUUUAAAAAUUGCUUCAGCUAGAACUAAAGAUUUAUAUUCUCAAGUUAUUAAAGAUGUUAUAAAUACUACUGGCCCAGUUAUUAAACAUUAUCUAAUUGAAGAUUCUGAAGAAUAUAGAGUUGUUAUUGGGUACAGACAAAAAUCUUCAACAACUUAUAGUUCAGCUUUAAGUGAUUUAGCCAAUUAUUACAAAUUACAAGUUACAAGAAAAUAUGUUGAACAAUUUGCAAAUGGUAUUACCAUUAUUUCAAUGUAUGUUACUUCAAAAUCUAAAACACCAGUUGAUUUAUCAAUUUAUCAAGUUAUUAAAGAAGCUUCAUUAUUAUAUUGUAUUCCACAUAAUUAUUUCCAUGAUAGAUUUAUUGAUGGUGAAUUAUCAUUACAAGAAGCAAUUUAUGCUCAAUGUGGUGCUGUAUUUGUAACUCAUUUUUUAAAUAGAUUAGGUCCUGAAUAUUCAAAAUUAUCAUCAUUAUUAGAUCCAACAAAAUCAACUGAACAUGCAGAAGUUUUGAAUAGUUUAAAGAAAAGAUUAAGAGCUGAAACUUAUACUCAAGAUUAUAUUAAAGAAGUUUUUGAUUCAAGAAGAAAUAUUGUUCGUAAAUUAUAUCGUCAAUUUGCUGAUGUUCAUUAUAUUAGAUCCUCAAUGGAAAAGACGUUAUCUUAUCAAAGAUUAUCACAAAUUACUCCAGUUGGUUCAGAAUCUGAAUUUGAAAAAAUCUUAAAUAGAGAAUGUUCUCAAAAUGAACAUCAUGCAAUUGUUUUGAGAGCUUUAUAUACUUUUAACAAAUCAAUUUUGAAAACAAAUUUUUAUACAUCAACUAAAGUUGCAUUAUCAUUUAGAUUAGAUCCAUCAUUUUUACCAGCAAGUGAAUAUCCCGAAAGACCUUAUGGUAUGUUUUUCGUUGUUGGUAGUGAUUUUAGAGGUUUCCAUAUUAGAUUUAGAGAUAUUGCAAGAGGUGGUAUUAGAAUUGUUAGAUCAAGAUCAUUAGAUGCUUAUAAUGUAAAUGCAAGAAAUUUAUUUGAUGAAAAUUAUAAUCUUGCAAAUACUCAACAAAGAAAGAAUAAAGAUAUUCCAGAAGGUGGUUCAAAGGGGGUUAUUUUAUUAGAUCCAGGUUUAGCACAAGAAAAAGCACAACCUAGUUUUGAAAAAUAUAUUGAUUCAUUAAUUGAUUUAUUAUUAAAACAACAUAUUCCUGGUGUUAAAGAUACAUUUGUUGAUUUAUAUAAUAAACCAGAAAUUUUAUUUUUGGGUCCAGAUGAAGGUACUGCUGGUUAUGUCGAUUGGGCUACAUUACAUGCAAGAGAAAGAGGAGCACCAUGGUGGAAAUCAUUCUUGACUGGUAAAUCACCAGAAUUAGGAGGUAUUCCUCAUGAUGAAUAUGGUAUGACUACAUUAUCAGUUCGUGCUUAUGUUAAUAAAAUUUAUGAAAAAUUACAAAUUGAUGAUUCAACUAUACGUAAAUUUCAAACUGGUGGACCAGAUGGUGACUUAGGUUCAAAUGAAAUUUUAUUAUCAAGAAAAGAAAAAUAUGUUGGUAUAGUUGAUGGAUCAGGUGUUAUUGCAGAUCCAAGUGGUUUAGAUAAAGAAGAAUUAUUAAGAUUAGCUAAAGAAAGAAAAAUGAUUGAACAUUAUGAUAGAUCAAAAUUAUCAAAUAAAGGUUAUAUUGUUUUAGUUGAUGAUAUGGAUGUUUUAUUACCAAAUGGUGAACUAGUAACAAGUGGUGUUGCAUUUAGAAAUACAUUCCAUUUAAAAUUGAAACAACAAUUUGGUUCGAAUGGUGUUGAUUUAUUUGUUCCAUGUGGUGGUAGACCAGCAGCAAUUGAUACCAAUAAUGUUCAUGAUUUAAUUGAUGAAAAAACUGGUAAAUCAAUUGUACCAUAUUUUGUUGAAGGUGCUAAUUUAUUUAUAACACAAUCUGCCAAAUUAAUUUUAGAAAAAGCUGGUAUUAUUAUAUUUAAAGAUGCAUCAACAAAUAAGGGUGGUGUUACAUCAUCAUCAUUAGAAGUUUUAGCUGCUUUAGCAUUUGAUGAUAUAUCAUUCCUCGAAAAUAUGUGUAUUAAUUCAGAAACUAAAAUUAAACCACAAUUUUAUGAAGAUUAUGUUAAAGAUGUUCAAAAAAUUAUUGUUGAAAAUGCAAAUAAUGAAUUUGAAGCAUUAUGGAAAUUAAAAACUGAAACUGGUAUUCCUUUUACAAUUUUAUCUGAUAAAUUAUCAUUAGCUAUAAAUAAAUUAGGUGAUGAAUUGGCAAAUUCAAAAGAAUUAUGGGAUGAUGAUGUUGAAUUUAGAAAUGCAGUUUUAUUAGACUCUUUACCUCCAUUAUUAUUGGAAAAAAUUGGUAUACAAAACGUGUUGGCAAGAGUUCCUCAAGCGUAUUUAAGAGCAAUCUUUGCAACUCAUUUAGCUUCAAAAUUUGUUUAUUCAAGAGGUAUUGAUUCAAAUCCAGCCAAAUUUUUAGAAUUUAUAAGUUCAAUUAGAAAAGAAUUUGUAAAACAGGGAUUAUUAAAAUUUUAA